UCACUUUAUGAUAAAGCAAAAGCAAGCGAGCUAGGUAGGGGAAAAUACAAAUAAAAAAGCAAAGGAAAGUAAGAAAAAAAGGAAAAGCAAUAAAGAAAUUAAAGGUAAGGAAGAAAAGAGAGGAAACAAAAGACAAAAGGUUCUAAAACUCCAUGAUUAUUAUUAACUCAAAUUCUAUCAAAAAAAUUAUAGAACCAAGCAACAAUAGUGUUCCUUCCCCCUAUAGCUACUUAACCAACCACAGAAGCAUCUAUCAAAGUUUCUACAAAGGGUGAACCCUAUUUGAAUCAUCAAGAAAGAAAGAUAUAGCUAGAAAGAGAUCAAAGGAAAUUGAGAAGAGAAAAGGUAUGAAUAGAGGUGUUUAUCUACAAAGCUCACCAGUGCAACAGAUGAUGGCUGGAAACCCUAACAACUGGUGGAACACCAUGCGCCCUCCUGCACCUGAUCAUCAUCAACCUAAUUUCUUCUCAACUACUACUCCUAAUUCUAAUUUUCAAACUCCAUAUCCUCAUGCAUCUUCUCUUCCUCUUCCUUCUUGGCAUGAAAAUCAAGAUCAACUUCCUGAGUCAUGGAGUCACCUCCUCAUGAAUGGUGUGGUGUAUGAAGAAGAGAAGGCUAGUAUGCUAAGUCAGCCUCCUUCAAAUGCUUCUCUUGUUGAUCAUGUUAAACAAGAAAGUUCAGUGAACAACUAUGUCUAUGGAAAUGAAGAAUUUCAUGGAACACCAAAUUCUACUUGGUCUCAAAUAGUGUCGGUGCCUUCUUCUUCCUCCUCCAAAUCCUGUGCAACAAGUUUCACCAGUACUAGCAUGUUGGAUUUCUCUAACACUAAAACGGAUAUAAGAUCUCCACCAUCAGAUCUAUCUUCUGAUCAGUGUAAUAGCUCUUCAGCUGGUGGGGCAUUGAAGAAAGCUAGGGUUCAAUCAUCUACAUUCAAGGUUAGGAAGGAGAAGUUAGGUGACAGAAUUACUGCCCUUCAUCAGCUCGUUUCCCCAUUUGGAAAGACUGACACAGCCUCUGUCUUAUUAGAAUCUAUUGGUUAUAUCAGAUUCCUUCAGAGUCAAAUUGAGGCACUUAGCUUACCAUACUUGGGAAAUGGAUCAGGAAACAUGAAGAAACAACAACAACAAUAUGUUCAAGGAGAGAAGAAUUGUUUAUUCCCUGAAGACCCUGGUCAGCUGCUGAAUGAAAACUGUCUGAAGAGAAAGGCAGUUAGGGAACAGGUCUGUGAAGAAAAAGAAAAGAAAGACCUGAGGAGCAGAGGAUUGUGUUUGGUUCCAGUGUCAUGCACAAUGCAAGUUGGAAGUGACAAUGGAGCUGAUUAUUGGGCUCCUGCUUUUGGUGGGGGAUUUCAGUAGAUUAAUUGGUGUAGCAUAUAUUCAUAAAUAUUUGGGAGCAUACAAAGAGGCGGCAAUUAAUUGGUGGAAAUUUGUAUAACAUUAUGAGCAGUCAAUCUGCUAUAUAUCAAAUUAUCUAAGGCUGAUUGCUCAUGAUGUUAUGCAGGGUUCCUUAAUAAAAAUGUAUGCAAGUAUAUAUAUUUGCAAGCCCUUGUUAAGAAUCAUUAAUUUGUGCAAAUAAUCAACCUUUAAUUUAUUUUCAUUCCAUUAGCUUAAUUUAGAAGUCAGAUGCUAGAUUUAAAUAUAGAUUUAUGGAAUAAUUGUAUGAUGAGUCAUUUGAAUGCUAAAACUUCUUUGAAACAAACUUUUGUAUCUUUA